CUGAUGUCACGCAACUGACCAGGCUGCGAAGACUUGAAUAACCAGAAAAUCAAAUAGAUGUCCCAGGACCUGCAUCAAGAAGCUCGAAAUAUCGAAAUAGUUUCCGAACAUCUCCAAAUAUCAUUUAUGCGAUGGCUGAGUCAGGAACAGAUUCCACCCGCAUCCUGGAUGUUGCCCUCCAGUCAUUGAGGGGCGAUGGACAGACAGAGGCCACAAUACAAAAUCCAUACGAAUUGGUUGCACUUGUCGGACAUGCUUCCUUGGUGGCUGCCGGCUUUCGGCUGGUAGGCUUGGGCGAAGAUCAUACCCUUGAAAGCAAUACAGAUGCCACCGUCUUGCCGAAAGAAUGGAAUGCGCACAAUUAUACCUACGCUUUUCGCUACGCACCUUCCGAGUCAUCGACCCAAUAUAUACUCAAGGUCAACCGAUUAGGCAGCAAUGCUGUCGUUAUGGGACUGGCCGGUGAAGAUAAAGCAACGUCGUUUGAUAUACCUGUGAACGAUUACAUUUCCGCUAUUACAUUCCCCUUGCAAUUAGGCCCGGGUGCGAUAGACAAAUUGAAGGAGGGUUUUGUGUCUCAAGCUCGGCUAGAAGACUUGAUCAGUCUUUUCAAACUACACGUGAUCCAAAAGUUCACACCGCCGAGGUUACCAAAGGAAAUCACCGACGAGACGGAGUACCGGCGAACACAACCUGAAGAGCCUCCCAGGCACGACCCGUUACGAGACGAUCAAGCUCCUGCUCCUGCUGUUCCGCGCCCGUUUGACGAUCCGUUAGCUGCAGCACCGCAACAUCCCGCCCCAGUUGGAGACUUUGCUCCUCCUGGGUUCGAGGAUGAAUUCGAGAUGAAUCGUCCGCCGCGUGGAAUCAUACCUCCGUUUGGAGGAGGGACUGUACCGAGAAGCGGUCAACAAGAUCUUUACCCCCAAGGGUUAGGACCCUAUGAUCCCUUGCGAGGAACAUUUGGACCUGGUCAGGGCGGCGGCGGCAUGCAUCCUACGCCAGACGACCCGAUGUUCGGGGGCUCAGGUGGACAAGGUGGUUAUGAUCCUCGAGCACCGCCAGGGUCUCGUUACGACCCUGUUGGCCCGUGGGAUACGCCUCCAUCUGGCCGAAAUCAGGGACCAGGGGGGCGCGGCUUUGGUGGUUCGGGCGGCUUUGGCCCCGGCGGCUUCGGUGGUGGUGACAUUAUUUGAUCCGGUCGAAGUAUGGUUGAUGUUUUAUUAUCGACUAAUUAGUUAGUUUGUACGAGUUAUGAGAUGAUGACAAUAAAAUUGAGACGAAACACGAUCACUAUUGUUGACUGGUUUAGAGAAUGGAAUCAGUAGUGAAGACAAUGAUA